AUGAAUUCGAACGCUUUUUUAAGACAUGGAUACUUACCGAUACGCAAGGACGAUUGCUCAUACGUUUGGAACAUUCCCACUGAAGAUCGUUGUAGAUGGGUGAAAGAAACCAAAGAUUGCUUUACGGAUUCCGUAAUUCAAUAUACGGAAAUCCUGUUUUGCUCCUUUGGUUCGGAGAACACGUUUUUAUUCGCUAUAGGACUGGUGAUAAUGGUCAUAUGGCUUUUAUAUCUGUUUUUAAUUUUAGGAACUACAGCGGAUACAUUUUUUCAUUUCCUCUGUCUGUGUAGCUUCUGCCCGUCACUGGCGGUGAUAGCCAGUGUUUUGCAGCUGUCGGACAAUAUAGCCGGGGUGACGAUAUUGGCAUUCGGAAACGGUGCUCCUGACAUCUUCACGUCCCUCGUAUCGGGUACCGACGAAGGGAUAAUAAUGUUCACGGAAUUAAUCGGCGCCGGUGUCUUCGUGACGGCGAUUAUCGCCGGCUCUGUUGCGGUAGUCAAUCCCUUUCGAGUCCUGUUGAAACCCUUGAUGAGAGACGCAUGCUUUUACAUCGUUACGGUAUGCUGGAUCAGCUACGUCAUAAAAGAUGGCAUGAUUUACCUUUGGGAAGCUAUCAGCUUUGUUCUUUGCUACCUAUUGUUCAUCAGCCUGGUGGUGAUAAUGCAGAUAUACGAGAACCGGGAGGAGAGGCUAAAAAGCAGGAUCCCAAGCGUACCCGAUCCAGAUAUCCUGCGCACUUACUUGGCGAACAAGGACAAGGACAUCAUUCCCAGGAUUCCCGUAAAGGGUCGUGCCGUUAGGUUGCGAACUAAGAUGGAUAUUGCAAUUGCGGUCGAGUUGGGAAAAGAACAGAGGCAAAACAGAACAACACUGCCAGAAGAGAUGGUGAUAGAAGACGUUGACAGGCCAAAGGGACUUUUCAAGGAAUUUCUCUAUGACAUUAAUCCGAUAGGAGAAGAAGAUUGGACAAGUUCAAAUCGACUCGUUAAAUUUAUUUUAAUCAUACGUUCGCCUGUCAUGCUUCUUCUUCAAUUAUUUAUUCCGCUUGUGAACAUGACUACGGUAAAGAGAGGUUGGACCAAGUUGCUAAAUUGCUUCCAGCUGUGUGUGACACCGACGUUGUCGUUGUUUCUAUUAAACGUGGUGCCAAUAUUCCUGGUGGUUGGUACCGUAAUUGGUGUAAUUGUAUUUCUAAUGACCCACGUGGAUCGCGUACCAAAGUUUCAUAACGCUUUUGCAUUUUUCGGAUUCUUGGCUGCUAUGCUGACGGUCUAUUUGGUAGCCGGGGAGGUGAUGGCAGUCCUCCAAUGCGUAGGAUACGCUUUCAGUAUAUCGGACGCCAUGCUCGGUAUUACGUUCCUCGCGUGGGGAAACAGCGUAGGUGAUCUCAUAUCGAACGUUGCCAUAGCUAGACAAGGAUUUCCACGAAUGGGAUAUGCAGCUUGCUUUGGCGGACCGAUGUUCAAUACACUCUUGGGAUUGGGACUAACUUACGGAAUGGCAGCCAGCAAGCAGCCAGAUCAUCGUACAAACAUGAGAAUGAGCGAUAUGGCGCCUGGUUGUUUGGCUUUCCUUCUAUGCUCAUUAAUAAUGUCUAUUAUUUACUUAAACAUUACUGGGUCUAUAGCACGAAGAUCAUACGGCUACCUCUUGUAUACUAUAUAUUUCACGUUUAUCCUCAUUCAAUUCCUCAGCGAAUUCAAAGCGAUUCAUCCACUCGGUACCGAUCAUCGACCGUAA